UAAUGUAAUGAUUUAAUGCAUAUAUAAAAGGAGAGCUAGAUUCUAGUUAGGUUUUAGCAUGCUACAUAUAUAUAGGAUAGCAUAAAUCUUGCCACCACUUUUUUAUGAGCACAUCAUAGCACUGUCAAUAAUCAACUCUUUGUAUCCAGAACAUUUCUUUUUUUGUAAAAAGAAAGGGCAAACACUUUAUAGAUUGUGUUCAUGAAAAAAAUUAAUUGAUUGUUUGGCCAAAAAAAAACAAAAAUUGAUUGGAUAAAAUACUCUAAUCUUCGUUGUUCAUGCUUAUAAAACCAAAGAUCAGUCACCAAUAAUCUAUGAAUUCCUAAAGCAGGCCGUAUGAAAUUAUAAUCGGUUACUUCUCGUCUCCCCUUGGAUCAAAGUUGUAUCACAAUUAGCAUUUGAAAAACCCUCCUUUCUAAUCUCCAAAAUCUUACAGGGUAUCGGCAACAAUGGAAGUGGGAAGAACCAUACCAUGCUCUCGAUGCAGGCAAAGAUUGGUAGUGAAAACAACAACCAAAGAUGCCGGGGUUGUUUGUCCUUUGUGCUGCAACGUUCUUCCAAUUCCGAACGAGGGUCAGACAAACCAGUCCCAAGGACUACGCAGCCGAAUUAGAACCUUUGGUAGCCAUAUGAAAAGUAAGAUGCAUCACAGCACCGUAACUCCUCCUUCCUUGAAUUACCAGCCGGCCUCUGGUCCUAACCCGAUAACAUCAAGCAAGCGUGCUGUGCUUUGCGGGAUUACUUACAAUAAUUGGAAGCGGUACAAGCUUAAGGGAACUGUUAACGACGUGAGAAACAUGAGAGAUUUGUUGAUUACUAGAUUUGGUUACCCCAGAGAGUGCAUUCGUGUUCUAACCGAAGAGGAGACAGACCAACGAUUUAUACCGACGAGGAAAAACAUUGAGGAUUCCUUGAGAUGGCUGGUGAAUGACGAAUGCCAGUCGGGGGAUUCACUGGUGUUCUUCUUCUCUGGACAUGGCUUACGACAACCUGAUUUUAACAACGAUGAGCUUGAUGGGUUCGACGAAACCAUCUGUCCGGUUGAUUUCCGAAAAGCGGGCCUGAUUGUCGAUAAUGAUCUUAAUUCCCUUAUCGUUCGUCCGCUCAGGAAAGGUGUCACGCUUCAUGCCAUUGUUGAUGCUUGUCAUAGCGGAACUAUCUUAGAUCUUCCGAACGUUUACUGCAGCCUAGAGAAAAAAUGGAAAGACAACAGUCCUCCAUCGGGUGUCGACAAACGUGCAAAUGGUGGAUUAGCUAUUUCCAUCAGUGCUUGUCUAGACGACCAAGCGGCUGCUGAUACCUCUGCUUUCAAUGGCGAGAUGAACGGUGCUCUGACCUACCUCUUGGCAGAGGUUCUGAAGAAAUUACCAGGCCCAACAUAUGGGGACCUAUUUGAUUUAAUCCAUGAGACCUUCGAUAAUGUUAAUCAAGGAUGCCUUGUUAAUACAAGAAUUUUAAGGAGGAUCUUCGGUAACAGAUUAUCACAGACACCGCUUCUUUCGUCUUCUGAUAAGUUUGAUGUUUACAAAAGGCAUUUGUUCUUGUAACCUAGAACAUACCAUGGAAGGGUGUUAAUGGCAAGGGAAUCUACAUGUUAAUAAAUACCUGCGGCAACAAUAAUCAGAGAACUGUAACGCGGGAAGUAUGCUCUGGGAGCAAUAGUCGAGUAAAGUAAAUUUGAUUUUUCGACAACUGAUUCACAGCUACGAAAUAUUUACGCAUGCAAUAAAGAUUCCUGUGCCAGAACAAUAAAACAUUGGAGAAAAUUAAAGUUCAUCCAUCUGUAGGUGGUCAUUGGCCAGUACUUGGAUGUGUACCUUAAACAUUUGAUUUGGUUGUGGAUUCUGUCUAAUUUCAAUGCUUCGAAAAUAAUGAAUGUUUUAAUGUUGUUCGGUUGAGAUUAAUUAAUGUUUUAAGUAGUGCGAUAAAUUAUUUCUUUUUUAAUGGUUGAUACGCCUGAUUUGAAUGUAAUUUGAAUGACUUGAGAACGAAGAGAAUUUUCUGGAUGUGCAAGUUGACAAAAGGCUCGUUCAUCUUUAAAUUAGGAAAAAGAUUUCUCAAAAUUUUCAUUUUUCCUCUACUCUUCCGCUAGUCC